UCUAAUAGUCUUUGUUCGUCAAGCCAAAACAGUAGCCCUAGACUUCACUGUGAUAUAGGUGAUAUAGGGUCAGCUGGUCUACCGAUUUAGACUUUUACAAUGUCAAUGGAAGCAGGAUGAACUGAACAUAUUGCUAUAUGUGUAUUCAGUGUUUAAAUUUAAAACUAAAGUUUUACAGGUUGUCAAAGCGAAACUUUGUGUCUUACCCAAUGUAUACUCAAUUUGUUAUUCUGGCUGCAGUGUGACAAGGUGUUGGACUGUCUCUUCAGCCAAUGGCAGUGUCAGACAGAGAGUAUUAAAGUGCUGAGUCAGCAUUCAUUAGGGAUAAGGGGAUGGAGGGCUGAAUGGUGGACUCACUUCACUGACAAACUCCCAAACACCAACAGCAAGUAAAACCUGCUGAUUUCCUUUCUACAGAGCUGAACUGUCAGCAGCUCAUCAUGUUUAAGUCAUGAUGUUUGAGUCUUCAGAUCUGAUUUUCUUCAAAAGAAAGAAACAAUCAGAUAGUGGGGGGAGAUUAUUUCAUCCCAGAUAGUUUCAGACAUCUUCUAUAUUGUCAUAUAUUGAUUUUAGUGCAAUUAUCUGCUAUUUCUCUAUCAUUUUUAGACAGUGUGAUUUUGAGAAAAUGUUUAAGUAUUUAAAUUAAUGUCAAUGGUUUUUCAGUUUUCUCUUCAACGUGACACCAAACUCACACUAAAGGAGAGAUGAGUUUGUUUGCUAAAAUGUGUCAUGUUGUGUGUUUUUUCCUAUGACAAAUAUUUGCUGUUGAAUCAAAUUUCACGUUCAGCCAGCAGACAUAUUUACUAAUGAAUGUUAUUGCUAUAUUCUUGUUGACAUGAUUUAUCAGUCUACUCUGUAGUCACUCUAGUGCCUGUUCUUCUUAUUCUUAUUGCUCAUAACGUUUGCAACUAAUACAUAUUUUUGAUGGUUCUUCAAAUUUCAAAACUACAGGUAGGCUGAUAAACCCAUUAGAGGUGACCUUUGAGCCAAUAUAACCAAUAUCAGAAAACAGCUUUCACUUCUAAACUUGACUUGAAAUCUAAAACCGUCUCUGAUGAAGACUUUGUGGGUUUGUUCUGUGGCCUACAUAAGAAAAGUAGCUCUACAACACACACACACAUAUAUAUAUAUAUAUAUAUAUAUAUAUAUAUAUAUAUAUAUAUAUUCAUUUUGUAAACUUUUUGCUAGUUGUGGUUAAAAAAACAGGCAAGUGAAUGUGUGUUGUUUAGUUCAGAGAUUAUUUUAAUAGCACUGUUUUAACCAUAUUUCAGGGUACAAUCACUGGCCAAAAGGUAUACAGAAGGCAACCCCAUCAGCAAAAUUCAAAAGAUGUGACUGUACUGUGAAAAAUCUAAUUUUAUCUUUAGGUUUUUAAAGCAAGUAAUCCAACUACAAUUCUGGACAAAGAGGUUUUAAGAGGAUGGAGCCGCUGAAAGGAAACGUUUCCUCACACAAAUAUUUCAUCCUUGAUGGCUUCAACGAACUCGGAGUGCUGAGGCCCGUCCUCUUCAUCCCGUUCUUCAUCAUGUUCAUUGUGUCGCUGUCGGCCAACUCCCUGCUGCUUUACAUCAUUGUUUCCCAGAGAAGCCUCCACUCACCGAUGUACAUCCUCAUCGCUGGCAUGGCCUGUGUUGACCUGAGCCUCCCGCUGUUCUUCAUCCCCAACAUGCUGCUGAGCUUCUUGUUUGACUGGAGGGGAAUCUCUCUGAGCGGCUGCCUGGUUCAGAUUUAUUUUGUUCACCUCUUAGGAACUUUUCAGUCUACUCUGCUGCUGUGGAUGGCGCUAGACCGCUACUUUGCCAUCUGCACGCCACUCUACUAUCAUGAAAGCAUGGCGUUACCCAGAUUCCUCAAGUUUGUAAUCCCACUUAUGAUCAGAAAUGUCCUCAUGAUCUCAGUGGUAGUGGCACUGGCAGCACCGCUGUCAUUCUGUGCUGUAAAUGUAAUAAACCACUGUUUCUGUGAGCACAUGGCCUUGGUGGAGCUGGCCUGUGGAAGCACUGCUGUCAACAACCUGGUGGGGCUGUUGACUGUGUUCCUCAUCCCUGUCGUGGACUUCAUCAUUAUCACUGCCUCCUACAUUGUCAUAUUCAGCUCUGUGCUGAGUUCUGGCAAAUCAGGUGUCAAAGCGCUUCACACCUGCGUCACCCACAUCGUGGUCAUGACUGUCAGCCUGAUCAUCAUACUCACAGCUUUCCUGUCGUAUCGGAUCAGAAACGGUCUCCCUUCAGCUGUUCGGGUUUUCUUUAGCAUCAUGUACCUGUUCUUUCCGAGCUGUUUCAACCCGAUCAUCUACGGCAUCAGAACCACUGAGAUACGACAGCACAUCCUGAAGAUACUGACAUGUUUUCGCUUUGUCCAAACGGUUCCCUAUUCUUCAGAGACUUAGAAACUAUUUCAUAUUAAGUAUUUUAGUCCUAUGAAAGCCAAUCUAUGCCAUGACAAGAAAGAAGUUGGUGAGAACUUAGGAAUCACAAAAAUAAACAUGGUCAAGGUUAGUUAACAUAGUCGUGUGACUAGAGAAAAGUCAGAUUUUGAUCUACUUUCUUUGACUUUGACUACACAUCAUACAUUUCACUUGGGCUCAUCAAGUGUUUCAGAUCUUUUAAAAUUGUACACCCUCCAGUUUAGGUUGCUCCUCAUCUUGUGCCCAAGCUGAACCAGAGGCAUCUUGAGGUUCCUUCAGCAACCUCUCAAUUUUGAUGGCUCUCUUUGUUGCCACCUGAUGCCCAGCAUCAUGAAUGCUCUGCGGAGCCAGUGGCCAGCAAAGCCUCUAUAUUCCACUUCUACUGGUAUAAAGUCCUCCAUCCCGGCCUCAGCUCCUGAUAUUCUGCCCUCUUUCUCUAAUGGUUCUCCAUGAUCUAAACCUCCUAGGGCACAGCCACCUCAACCAUGAACUUGAUUUGAAGCUUCUUACAGUAGGACCACGUCAGACUCCAGUGAUAUUGUUGUCAUCAUGUUAAGGAGCAGCUGCCAGUCGCUAUAAUGAGGAAUAUGGACACCCUGAACAGUGGUUGGGGUUGCUUACCUGCUCUCAUGUAUGCAAUAUGCUUCCUAAAACAUGGAAGGUGCUUUCUGCUGUUGAUGGCUGAUGCAACUUGCUAUGCCUCUGGCUUCCGAAACUGGGUUAUAGCGCCAAGACCUUUUGGCAGCUACUUGGGUUGUACUCCAAAUUUCCUCAACAAUGGAAGAGGGGAGACAUUGCAUUUGCCUGAGGCGUGUAGGAUGGAUGAAUUGGAAGAGACUGGAUUUUGAACGUUGCGCUGGAUGUUGGCAUUGUGUACUUUAUUGAUGCCUGCCUUAACAUGGUCUUGUCAUAAUUUAGGACAUCUUCCCCAUAGGAACUCUUAUGCCUGCAGCCAAAACUGUGGAGUCACUGAAGUACCAAAAGGGCAAAGCAUUGUUUGGGAGCCCAUGAACACUUCAAAUGCUGAGUAGAGAA